AGCACAUAAGUAAUCAGGACAAGAUGAGUGCACGCCAAGUUAAAUGGGCUAGCUAUCUGCAGGAUUUUACAUUCGUCCUCAAACACAAAGCUGGUGCUCAGAACCGUGUGGCUGAUGGUCUUAGUCGUCGACGGAGCCUUCUCACAUCACUGCGAAAAGAGGUCUUGGGGUUUGAAUCGUUUGUUGAUUUGUACAAGUCUGACCCAUACAUUGGCACAAUUCUGGACACUGUGCACGCUGGCAGUAAUGCUCGGUUCACGCUGUUGGAGGGUUUUCUCUUUAAAGGCACACGACUUUGCGUUCCUGCCUGUAGUUGGCGUUUGAAAACCAUCCAGGAGUUACAUAAUAAGGGUCACUUUGGUCGUGACAAGACCUUCCAGCUGGUUUCAACAUCAUAUUUUUGGCCGCGUCUGUUUAAGGAGAUUCUCCAAGAUGACGCAUUUCAUCGCUUGCAAGAAAACUACGGAUGCGGUUAAUGUGGCCCUUCUAUUUUUCAGAAAUGUGUAUCGUCUCCAUGGCCUUCCAGAAUCCAUUGUCUCGGACCGGGAUUCUAAAUUUCUUAGUCAUUUUUGGAGGUGUCUUUGGAAGUUGUUGCGUACGGAGUUGAAAUUCAGUAGCGCUUAUCACCCACAAACGGAUGGGCAGACGGAGGUCGUUAAUCAUUCUAUUGGGAAUUUACUUUGUAGCUUGGUAGGUUCUCACCUUAAACAAUGGGACAAGCAUUUGUUUUAAGCAGAGUUUGCCUUCAACAGGGCUAUUCACAAGAGCACUGGAUUUAGUCCUUUCCAGGUGGUAUGUGGAUUUAAUCCACGCUCCUCACUCGAUCUGGCGCCUGUUCCAGAUCUUCAACGCAUGCAUGCCGCUGCUGAUGAGUUGGUGCGUCACUUACAGCAACUCCAUGACGCUGCUGCACAAAAUCUGGUGGCGUCGUCAACUAAGUAUAAAAUGGCUGCUGAUAAACAUCGUCGUCACGUGGAAUUUGAGGUAGGUGAUUUUGUUUGGGCUGUGCUUAUCAAGGAACGUUUCUCCACUGGUACAUACAACAAAUUUGGCCCUCGUAAGAUUGGUCCUUUUGAAAUUAUUGAGAAAAUCAACCCUAAUGCUUACCGUCUGAAGCUUCCCAGUCAUAUUCAUACGGUUGAUGUGUCAAUGUGUGUCAUUUCAUUCCCUACCACAGUGACUUGUCCAAUGAUGAUCUUCCUAACCUGCCUAAUUCGAAGGCGAAUUUCCUAUUUCCCGGGGAGAAUGAUGUAGUGCAAGAUAUGGAAGAUUCUUACUUGGAAGGAAGAGAUCAACGAAAGAAUAUUCGUUAACCAUGCAGGAAUAUUUGCAUAUUUGUUAUUUUUGUUAGGAAAUAAGAGAUAUCUUGCAUGAUAUCAUAUUUGGUUAGAUUUCCUUUUAUUUGCAUUAAUCGUAGAAGAUUUUAUAAGGCCUAUAUAUGGCCUCGUCUG